CCGGCAAAAUAUAAAAUCUAACUGUCCACGUAGAGAUGCAUUCACAAAAACAAAACUUGCCGUGGUUAGUGUACGUUAGUUUAAUGUAUUAUUUUAAACCUAUAACAGGCAAUAUUGUUUUACGUAUACACAACAUAUUAAUUCCACGUUUACAUAGGUACUAUGCAGAAGUUUAUUUGUCCAUUUUUUUCAAAAUGAAAUUUUGAUAUAAAACGUUGCACGUCGUAUCGAACAAUCGUGCGUCGCGGGAAAACACGACACUACGAUGGCUCUAACAGCUUUUCGGUUGACGUACGAAGUCAAUGCAAAAUCCAUGUGUUAGCAACGGUACUAUUUUCUACCCUCAACAGUUAGAUUGAUAACAACUUACAGCUGUUUAAACUAUAUGGAGAAAUGAAAUACCAGGUUUGUCAAAAGUUGAAACAUUCCCUGAAUGAAUAAUUACGUUCUUAAUUAACACACUAGUAAGUUCUGAAUUACAGAGAAAACCCAACCGUACAAACACAUACUUUAAAGGAUUAUUUAUGUUUGAAGAGCUUAAUGCAGCAACUGGUAAAUGCAGCACAUAUUAACCGUUUGUCAGAACGAAAAAUGUAUUAGUGGGUGCACACACGUCGUAGAGAAACCCUGUCUGCACGUUCAGAACAUCAGUUAAUAGAUUUGAUAUGAAGUUUGACGAGCUCUAUGAAGAAAUCGGUGAAUUUGGAACAUACCAGAAAAUAGUUGUGAAUCUAGGAUGUUUCACAAGCUUUUACGCUGGGAUAACGUUCUUAACAUCGUUCUUUGUGCUGGCAAUACCGGAACACAGAUGUGCCAUUGAACAUUUACACAAUGAUACAUACGGAAUACAAGACAUAUAUCACGAAGCCUUGGUUAAUGCUAGCAUUCCACUGUCAGACUCGGCAGAACACAAGUACGACCAAUGUCACAUUUUUAAGACGUCUGAAGACGGCAAACUGUCUAAAGUAAAAUGCAGCAGAUGGGUCUAUGAUGAUUCCAUUUAUAAAUCGACACUCGGGGCCGAGCUAAAUAUGGUAUGUGAUCAGGCAAUUCUGAAGUCGAAUGCACAAAUGAGUUUCUUUGGUGGACUUGUUGUCGGAUCUUUUAUUUUAGGAAUGAUGUCAGACAAAUAUGGAAGAAAACGAACGCUAUGCAUAUCUUCAAUCUUCUAUUUCUUGGCCGCCCUGGGCACCGCCUGGGCAAGCAACUUUAUUGUACUGUUUAUACUUACCUUUUGUGUCGGUUUCUUCUCAGUUGGAAACUUCAUGUCAAGCUUUGUUCUUGGAAUGGAAUUCGUAGGUCCUUCGAAAAGGCGAUUUGCUGGAACGUUAGGAGGCUUCUAUUGGACGGCUGGAACCCUGACUCUUUCUGGUCUUGGCUAUGCAAUCAGGGAUUGGAAGACUUUACAGAUAGUAUGCGCCGCACCAGGACUGAUUUUCCAAGUUUACUGGAUAAUAUACCCUGAAUCUCCACGAUGGCUGUACAUCAAUGGCCGUCACGAAGAAGCAAGAGUAAUCCUUGAAAAAGUAGCUCGAUCAAAUGAUAAAAUUUUACCUGAGAAAAUGUUUGAGAGCGUCGAGAUGGACGGGGAGGAAAAUGCAAAAGAAGAAAAAUUAUGGCAUCUGUUUACGUCACGCGUGCUUUGCAUCCGAACUUUAAUCCUCUUCUUUCUGUGGUUGGCCAUUUGUAUGGCUUACUACGGCAUGGCACUCAACAGUGCUGAUCUUGGCGGCGAUGUCUUCCUAGAUUUUUUCCUACAAGCAGUAAUGGAUAUACCUGCCAAAAUUCUCGUGGUUAUUUUACUGAACAGAACUGGUCGAAAAUUCCUAAUGGUAACUAGUAUGCUGAUUGGUGGUGCUGGUUUCUUAGCGACUAUUUUUACGGAAUAUUACGGUGGAGAUGACCUACAUACGUUAAAUACAGCAUUUGCAUUGGUGGGCAAAUUUGGUGCUGCCGCAGCCUAUCCAGUGGUGUAUGUUUUCUCGGCCGAGUUGUUUCCAACAGUUGCACGAAAUGCUGGCAUGGGUGCUAGUUCUUGCGUUUCCAGAGUUGGAGGAAUGGCGGCUACCUAUAUCGCAGAUCUUGACCGAUUUAUUGACAAUAAAUUCGGGAAGACUUUGCCAAUGAUUGUCUUUGGCUCUUUUUGUUUUGUUGGCGGUUUAUUAGCGUUCUUUCUACCAGAAACUUUGAACAAACCGCUCCCAGAGACUAUAGAGGAGGGCGAGCAUUUCGGCAGGAACGAUGAAGUAAAGGUUACAGACAACACAGCGUCGGCAAAUGCGACAGGCAAAUAUUCGACAAAGUUAUAAAAAAAUAAACGCUUCUAGUGUUUAAAUGGUGUUAAGAACGCAUCAAAGUAUUAUUGUAUCGAUCAUAUAUGUAUAUCAUGAAAAUCAACUCUAAAUGUAGUUCUAUUCUGUACAAAAUAAUAAUCAAUUAAUCAGCUGUCAAUCUAAUACGUUAUUUUACCUUACAUUUUAGAGAUAUUGCACCAUCCCUGGGUAUUAAGAUGCAAAUGUUUUUACGUAAAUAGACAUAAAAGUUUAUAGAAUGGAGAUCAAAAUCCUUGAGUUUUCUAAAAAGCUUACUUUUCUCUUUGCUCUCUGCAUGACUAUAGCAUCUGGUGUUUCCACGACAUAUUUAAGCAGGAAAGUAAAAAAAUGUUUACAAGGAGAUCACGUGCUGUUAUAACACCUUAUAUGCGUGUUCCAUGGCGAGACGUAAAAGUAUUGUGGAGGACUUAUAACGCAUAACUAAAACACAAACGCUUAUAGACGCAAUGUUAAUUUUGCUUUUUACACGUAUAAUGCUAGAAUAGCGUUAACACAUGCUUUUAUCCUGUUAUAGCGUCUUAAAAAUCCUUCGGUGGAGACGUUGGUGCUUUCGCUGGUUCGGACACCAACCGAUCACUGCUGAUUCUGCAUUAUCCUAACAUUUUGACUUAUUAAGCUGAGAAAUACAUGAGAGUACACUUGUGUUAACAAGGACCACGUACUGGUAAUACAUUGUUUUAUAUAUGCGCAGAGAUACUCCACAUAUUUUAUGUUUUCAUCAACGUUACAGAAAAAACUUGCGUGAACUUCCCUAAUGAACAUCCGGUCUGGAGGUCACAUCAGUGUGCACAUGUUAAAACUAAAACAGAAUGCAAAAUAUUCACAGUUGUAUUAUUUAUCUAAUUCACAUUGCACAGCAUAUACACAUUUUAGCGUACGACAUACAUUUUCACAACAGCAAAUCAGAAUAAUUUUGCUAUCUGGACCAGAACUUCAUUAGGGAAGUUCAUCCAAGUUUGUUGAUGAAACUAUAAACUACGCGUUGUUCCUCUGAGAUAAGAAAUGUUGAAGGAAUAUGACCGGUACAUUACGAAAGACCCGAAAGACCCGUGGUGACAUUUCAACUUCAUUAUUUCACGAUUUCUGCUUCCUGAUUUCACGAUUUCAACUUCAUGAAUUCACGAUUUCACGAUUUCCACUUCAUGAAUUCACGAUUUCACGAAUUCACGAUUUCACGAAAAAACUUCACGAUUUCUUGAUUUCACGAUUUUUUGAUUUCACGAUUUCCACUUCAUGAAUUCACAAUUUCACGAUUUCU